UAAAAGAGUUAAGUGUGCAGUCCAUAGUUUCUUGGGAGUUUCGAAUUGUGUUAUAUUAAUUGACAUAAAAAAAUGUCACGAAAAGCACUUCAGGCAAUAAAUUGGACCGCUUUGGCUGAACGAAUCUCAGAAUCUGAAAGAGCUGCUUUCACUACUUUUAAAUCUGUAUCUGAUAAAUACUUACAACGUAUGAUGGCUAAUCCAGCAGAACUACCACAAAUUGAUUGGUCAUAUUAUAAGAAAACUGUUGUGACUCCUGGUUUAGUAGAUAAAUUUCAGAAAGAAUAUGAAGGAUUAUCGAUACCAUAUCCAGCAGAUACAUAUACAGACAAAAUUGAUGUUGACAAAAAUGAAAUGGCUAAAAAGAUAGAGGCAUUUAUUCAGGAAACAAAUGCUGCCAUUGAAAAAACACAAAAGGAUUUGGAUAAAAUAAAAAACAUGAUACCAUUUGCAGAAAUGACAAUGGAGGAUUAUGCAGAAAUAAAUCCAGAAGGAUGUUUUGGAGGUGAUAAACCUACAACUUGGCCUCAUACUAAGGAGACUCAAGAUAGUGAGGAUGAUAUAGAUGAUAAUCAUGGCCAUUAAUUAAAUUUAUAUUUAAAAUAUACUAUAGUUGUACUAUAAUAUUUAUCUCAGUUUACUAUUGUGCUGUUAUACUAUCAAUGGAUUAAACUAUUGAUAGAAAAAUUUAGUAAUAUCCUAAAACUGCCGAAGAAUGUUAAAUACAGACAACCAUAAAUUUAUUCAUUAUAAUUUUUAAU